CACACACGCACGCAGAAGAACAAGAAGAAGAAACUGUGUCCACAGGAAUUUAUUAACUACAACUGUGAGGACAGGUGAAGACGCAGAGCUCAACACAGACGGGUACUGGCAGCAGUGACAGGGGGAGGCGCUAUAAUAGGGGGAGGAGCUGUAGUGACCCAGAGGACUGAGGUGUUGGACACAGCGAUGCUGUCUCUGACCUGUGCUGACCCCUGGCCUGAGGGCUCAGUGGGGCUGGAGGAGGAGGUGGUGACUGCGGCCGCUCAGGCCGAGCAGCAGCAGCAGCAGCAGCAGCAGCAGCAGCAGCAUGACAGCAGCUGCAGCAGCAGCAGCAGCAGCUCCGUGUGUCUGGACGACAGUUUGACCAGCCUGCAGUGGCUGCAGGAAUUCUCCAUCCUCGGUGCCAGCGUGCCACACAGCGUCCACCACCAUCACCAGAGCCACUUGUUCGGCCACCAGCCGCCGGGCUCCGACGGCCCCGCCUCCCCGCUGGCCGGGGACCCUGCCUCCGUGGACAUGCCCCUGACCCCCGGGAAGCCCACCGCGGCGGCCUACAGCAGACUGCAGUCCCUGCCCAGCAUCGUGGCUCACGGUCACUGUCCCGACGAGGUCGACUACACGACCAACGCCAACAUCAAGCCGCCGUACUCGUACGCCACGCUCAUCUGCAUGAGCAUGCAGGCGAGCAAGAAGAGCAAGAUCACGCUGUCCUGCAUCUACAAGUGGAUCACUGACAACUUCUGCUACUACAGACACGCUGAUCCCACCUGGCAGAACUCCAUCCGUCACAAUCUAUCACUCAACAAGUGCUUCAUCAAAGUUCCGCGGCAGAAGGACGAGCCAGGAAAGGGUGGCUUCUGGAAGAUUGACCCGCAGUACGCCGAGCGCCUCCUGAGUGGCGCCUACAAGAAGAGGCGAAUGCCUCCGGUCCAGAUCAACCCGGCUCUGCAGAACAGACUCAGGGUCAACCUCCCACCACUGUCCAGACGCCCUGCAGGAGGUCAUAUUGGCCUGUGCAUUAAUCCAGACUCCCAGCGCCUUCUACAGGAGUUUGAAGAGGCAACCGGUGCUGACCAGAAUUGGGAUCCCCAUCUGGCUGAGGGGACCAUGCUGGGAUCCUGGCCGGUGGUCAGAGGACGACUUAAGAGGAAACAGUCGCUGGGCUCCAGAAGUGGUGCAAACAAAGUCCUGCGGCGCUCCAGCUCUCCACUGCUCUCUGAUGAACAGAAGGAGAUCGGACCUCUGAAGGGAGACUUUGACUGGGAUGCCCUGCUGGACUCGGCCCUCAGUGGGGAACUCAGUCUGGAGGGAGAAGAACACCUGAGUCCCAUCAUGAAAGAUGACGAAUUGACAGUGCGAGGGAGACACAUCUCCCCCACUGGAGCCCCUGCGGGGACAGAGGACGCCCACGUACUGGCGGAGACCCAAAGGAGAAAUGACUUUGAUGAGGAGACCUUCCUCGCCACGGCCUUCCUGGAGAACCCCUGGCCUGAAGAAGAACAGAGCCACAACGAUUUCCUGUGUAGCUCCACUGUCAACCUGGACCAGCUGUUUGACCUUGGAGACUCAUUAGGUGGUGACCCCAGCACCCGGGUGGACUCCCUCCUUUGAGGAACAACCUCGUUCCAGGUCCUGUUUUCCUGUAAAAACCCUUCACAGAUGUACUGUGGAAUAUUUUUUUACUGUUCAAUCAGCUCUUCAUGUUUUGAGAUUGAAAUUUUGAAGCAGGAUUCAUGUUGGAUCCGUACUCACGAUGCCUACUGAGCAAAGAUGCCACGAGGUCCAUCAUCAUCGUCAUCAUCUUCAUCAACAAAACUGCUUUGAAUCACGUUUUCAGGAACUGUGAAAUGACUUCAGACUGCGGCGUUAUGAGGAAGCACAGGCCAAUCAAAUCGUGCUAUGCAAACAUUCUGACACAGGGGCUAGCCAAUCAAAUCACGUUCUUUUUUUCAUGUUUAAACUCCGUCAAAACGUCGUUCUCAGACAAUAUCGAUUCAGUCGUUUCACCCACAGACCGCGAACACAGCGCUAGCAUCACUUAGCAACUCUCGCUAAUUUACGACAGUCAUCUUUGGCUCGGUCUUCAGAGAGCAACUCUGCCUCACUGCCAAUUCAUCCCUGUGGCCCACUGUGGUACUACAGCCACAUAAUUCCCGGUGAUCAUAAAUGAUCCAAAUAUUCCAAUAAGAGGUUUUUGGCUCUUUUCCAUCACACACUUCUAACUCGACGAGGUUCAGCUGAGCCGAUGCUAACAUGUGAUGUCAUCAGACUGCCGGCCUCUGAUUGGUCAGAGAGUGUCGUCACUGAAGAGUCACGAGUCAAAGCAACAAUGUCCAACUGUAGAUCAAAGUUAAAAAGACAAUGAUUCACUUUCAGUCACUCGUUUCUGUGUUUGUGUCAUGUGAUAUGAUGACUCCACCCAUGUUGAGGAGGAGCUAUGAAGUGACUGACACCAAGCCGAGUGGAGUUAGACGUGUGUGAUGGAAACGUGUCUCCUGGCGCUCACAUUUACAUCCAUCUCUGCUCAUAAUGUCUUCAUUUUGACAGCAAUAAUAACAAUAAUAAUAAUUACAAAAUGACACCAUUAUGUCAAAGUACAAAGCACUUGUUUCGCUCUCUGCUCGUGAGAAAACUGAUGAUAAAAUCUCCCGUUUAAUAAAAACACAAACACAUUUCAUCCGACUCAUCGUUCCUGUUCUUUGGAUUCCUCCAACAUUCACCCUGCGCCUCUGCCGGUCACGUCGGUUCCAACCAAAAUAUCUUCAGAUUCGGCCGCAGAGUUUUACGACGAGUCUGUUUACGUCGUUAAAGACGCUGCAGUUGUGAAACAAGGCUGAAAAAAACAAACCUGCGCCACUCACAACAACAUAUUUGCCAAAUGAUGUUUGGUGUCGGCGUGAUUUACCGUUUUAGCGUUUAGCUUUUUUUGCGUGUUGUUUUAUUUUGUACUAACUGUUCUCUGUGUAUGUUGUUUUAAAAGAAAAUAAUUAGAACCAGUUUACGUAGAAUGAUGGAAAUUCCCUGUAGUUUCUUUCAUCUUCUUCUCUGACUUCCUAAGAGUAGAUAUGAAGUGAAGUGAAGGACACGCCAGCUUCACGUCUCAAAGGUCAGAGUGGACACGGAACUGCUGCGGGCAAAAUUCAACAAAAACCAACUGUGACGAGCUUUAAAUGUGAGAAACUGCUGCGUCCUUCGUAAAUGAAUACCUGACCUUCUCUGUGCCAAGAACAACACCUGAGACUCGACAGGGCGGGGCAGAGUGUGAGGAGGAGGCGGGGACGGCUAUCCCAACCAACUCAUGAGCGGAUGGACCUUGGACAUGUUGUUGUUGUUGGACACACUGUGUGUGUGUGUGUGUGUGACUGUGAGCGCCCCCUGUACUGAGAAGCAGCCUGAAACACAGACAUGAGGAAAUCAAUCAUAAAGUCAGUGACGUCUUAAGAACACGUUUUUAUAAACCACUCACUCUCCCACACCAAACCAUCACUAAGUUCACAUGUCUUAUUUUGUAAAAUUCAGCUUUUUAAAUCCUUAAUUUAGAUUAAAAUAAGUGACACAAAGUGACCACACGAGGCAGCAGAGGACCAGCAGCUCCUGUGUCCUCGCCAGCUAAAAUCACUGAUUUUCUCUAUGUUCUCUAUGGUUUGGUGUGGGAGAGAUAAAGAUAUCGCAGACUUCAGCUGACAUAGAUUUCUCAUGUGUUCACAGAGAGUGAGCAGCAGGUGGCGCUCACACAUCUUUCGCGCUCCUCCAUCAGUGACCUUUCUAAAGUGUGAUAACGGCGUCUUACCUCGUGAUUGUUUCGGUGAAGUUGCAGACACAGUUUUCUUUUACUUUUACCGUUUUUAUUUGAUUUUCCACUUUUCUUUGAUAAUAAAAAACCCAAACUCUU